AUUGGCCGAGUGAGCCGGGAGAUAGCGCUUUUCAAGGCGCCCUCGCCUCCUCGCCCCAUUCUCCGCAUCGCCAUUUAAGCACGCGUUGGGCGCGCCUUGAAACUGCUGCUUCUCGCGCUCUCUGUCUCUCUCCCGUGACAGGCGCGGCACAAAGGGAGCGAGCGCCGUCGCUGCUGGGGGUGGCGAGCGGCUUGGUUCGGGAGAGAAGUGCGCGCGUCGCCGGAUCCGCGGCGCCCGGGAAUCGCCGCGCUUUGCUCCCGCCUCGCUGCGUAUUUAAGCGCGGACGCGGCGGCGCGCGGCGAGAACGCACGGUGCGUGGUCUGUGCGUGAGGCUCAUACAAGGAGCAGCAGCGCGGCGCGGAAACUUUAUCCGCCCGGGACGCGCGCUGCCCAGUGAUCGAGGCAGCGAGCGCGGUGGUGGUGAAAGACAAACGUUUUCCAUGACGUUGGGGCGAGUUGGUGGUGGAGAGAUGGCGCGGCAAUCUGUGCUGCUGGUGCUGCCGCUGCUACUCCUCCUACUGGGCUCCGCGCUGCCUGUGUCGGCUCAGCACCAUGGCGAGAAGGGCAUUUCCGUACCGGACCACGGCUUCUGCCAGCCCAUCUCCAUCCCGCUGUGCACGGACAUCGCCUACAACCAGACCAUCAUGCCCAACCUGCUGGGCCACACCAACCAGGAGGACGCGGGGCUGGAGGUGCACCAGUUCUACCCGCUCGUCAAGGUGCAGUGCUCGCCCGACCUGAAGUUCUUCCUGUGCUCCAUGUACGCGCCCGUGUGCACCGUGCUGGAAGAGGCCAUCCCGCCGUGCCGCUCGCUGUGCGAGAGGGCCCGCCAGGGCUGCGAGGCGCUCAUGAACAAGUUCGGCUUCCAGUGGCCCGAGCGGCUGCGCUGCGAGAACUUCCCCGUGCAGGGCUCAGACAGCAUCUGCGUGGGGCAGAACCAGACGGACGAGACGGGCGGCUCCAACAACGCGGCCCCACCGCACCCGCCCCCGGCACACGGGGGAGACGCGUCCACGCCGAACCCGCCGCCCUACCGGCCCGGGGGCCCCGCGGGCGGAGGAGCGGGAGGUCACGGCGCACACUACCCGCUCAUGUCGUGCCCUCGAGCCCUCAUGGUACCCCCCUACGUCAAUUACCACUUCCUGGGCGAGAAGCACUGCGGAUCCCCGUGCGAGCCCAGCAAGCCCAAUGGCCUCAUGUACUUUGACUCGGAGGAGCUGUGGUUCGCGCGCAUGUGGGUGGGCGUCUGGUCCAUCCUGUGCUGCGCCUCCACGCUCUUCACCGUGCUCACCUAUCUGGUGGACAUGCAAAGGUUCCGCUACCCGGAGAGGCCCAUCAUCUUCCUGUCGGGCUGCUACGCCGUGGUGUCCAUAGCCUACAUCGUGGGCUUCUUUAUGGAGGACAAGAUUGUGUGCAACGAGAAGUUCGCGGAGGACGGCUACCGCACUGUGGUGCAGGGCACAAAGAAGGAGGGCUGCACUAUCCUCUUCAUGAUGCUCUACUUCUUCAGCAUGGCCAGCUCCAUCUGGUGGGUCAUCCUCUCGCUCACGUGGUUCCUGGCUGCCGGAAUGAAGUGGGGCCACGAGGCGAUCGAGGCCAACUCGCAAUACUUCCACUUGGCGGCGUGGGCCGUGCCAGCCGUGAAGACCAUCACCAUCCUGGCCAUGGGCCACGUGGAUGGGGACGUCCUCACGGGCGUCUGCUUCGUGGGCAUCAAUAGCAUCGACGCGCUGCGCGGAUUUGUGCUGGCGCCGCUCUUCGUCUACCUCUUCAUCGGCACCUCGUUCCUGCUGGCCGGGUUCGUGUCGCUCUUCCGCAUCCGCACCAUCAUGAAGCACGACGGCACCAAGACGGAGAAGCUGGAGCGGCUCAUGGUGAGGAUCGGCAUCUUCAGCGUGCUCUAUACGGUGCCCGCCACCAUCGUCAUCGCGUGCUACUUCUACGAGCAGGCGUUCCGCGCGCAGUGGGAGAAGACGUGGAUCGCGCACACGUGCAAGAGCUUCGCCAUCCAGUGCCCGUAUGGACACUACCAGAACAUGCGGCCCGACUUCACCGUGUUCAUGAUCAAGUACCUGAUGACGCUCAUCGUGGGCAUCACGUCGGGAUUCUGGAUCUGGUCGGGCAAAACCCUGCAGUCGUGGCGCAACUUCUACAGCAGACUGAGCAACAAGCCCCAGGGAGAGACCACGGUCUGAGAUUUUGGACCGUGUGAGAUGCGAGUUCGUGCCCGAAUAAUCGCGCAGAUGAAUCUUCAUCGGACUUAUACAUAGUGUACAAAGGCGUACAUGAUUAACUCUUCACUAUUAUUAUAAGAUGGCCUAUUUUGUUAAGUUUACCUUUAAAAAAAUCACGUCAGCCAACGCAUAGUGUUGGUAUAAAUUAAAUCACGAACAAAGCUUAAAUCCCGACACUGGGGUUGGUGGGGGGGAUGUUGGGGGUGUGUUCACGGGAUGUUUAGUGCCGCACUAUGCCACACAAUUGAAUGUGCCUGGUGUUACGAUAUUCGAUAAAUGUCCGCACGCAUUUUCUGUAGUGAAUCACCAACGGUCACCUCAAACCUGUGGUUGUAAUAAUGUGCCUUUUAAUUCGUUCAAACAAAAAAAAUACACUUCACUUGUUCACGAAUGACGGUAAUCUUGUAGGAAGUUUUCGUGUUGUAUUUUUAAAGCUGUGAAGUAUUUAUUGUUUAAUCUGCCUUAACGCUUUUUAACCUCGGACCAAGUAGGGCUAUAGUAGCCGUAGCCUUGGCCACGUGGGCUCGCUCACUCACUGCUGCCUUAAUCCGUGGCUUCGCGGCGCUCACUGCCGUCCCCGAAGCCUCCUUGUAUAUUCGCAUGUAUAGCUAUUUUAAAUAUUAAACUUUAUACUUGCCUACA